AUGUUAGCAAUACAGAAAGCAAUCAGGAGGAUCCAUACAAGCGUGGAUGCUCCACGCCUCACCAGAUUCACUCUCCAAGCACCCAAAAAUGUAGAGGUGGAAUAUACCAACGGUAGCAAGUUUCAUCUGUCUGCUGAGUUCUUAAGAAUACAUAGUCCAGCUGUUGAUGGGAAAGUUAGGUCAGUUGGGGGUGAGAAGGUGAUAGUUGGGCGGUGUCAUGUUGGCAUCAUGUCUGCUGAACCUGUAGGAAACUACGGGGUAAGGAUAGUUUUCGAUGAUUUGCAUAAAACUGGAAUAUAUACAUGGGAUUAUUUCUACCAUCUUGGGAGCAACAAGUUUACACUGAUGAGAAAUUACAUCAAAACACUAAAGAAGUAUGGCCUCAGCCGAGAUCCAGCUAGAAGAAAAUGA